GCCUAACAAUGUUCUAUGCACAUUUUGUACUCAGCAAAAAGGGUCCUUUGGCCCGUAUAUGGCUAGCUGCUCAUUGGGAUAAAAAGCUUACCAGGGCUCAUGUUUUUGAAACGAAUAUCAGUUCUAGCGUUGAGGCAAUUUUAGAGCCAAAGUUAAAAAUGGCAUUAAGAACUUCUGGACAUUUAUUAUUGGGUGUAGUGAGAAUUUACUCUCGUAAGGCGAAAUACCUACUUGCUGACUGCAAUGAGGCGUUCGUUAAAAUCAAGAUGGCAUUUCGUCCAGGUGUUGUAGACCUUCCAGAUGAAGCAAAUCGGGAAGCUGCUAUCGCAGCUAUCACUUUACCAGAGAAUAUUCAUGAUUUUGAAGCAACUAUAGCCGAUCUCAAUGAGAUAAAUAUGAACACUAUAGCAAUAAAUCAAAGUCGUCCGGAAGAUAUAACUAUGCGUGAAGAUUUCGGUGAGAUUAAUCUAGGACGACAAGAUGAUGAUUUCGGAGAUUCAGCAUUCGAUGAAGUAUCAAGUCGUGAAAUGAUUCGUGAUGGCGACAAAACAUUUGGUGACAGUAUUUAUCGUGGGAGUGAUCAUUUGUCAAUGCAUCAUGAUGCUGAUUUCACGUUAAACCCUGAUCAAGAUUUGGAUGCCACUUUAAUCGAUGUUAAACGGGGUGGUAGGUUAUCUGAUACAGAAAAACAAAUUAAGUCUAUUGAUUCAAUCACUCAUCAUGAUGAUAUUGGGAUGGUUGAUAAUGAAUUUGAUGACGACUUUCUGGCUGAACCAGAUGAUGAUGACGAGAAUUUUGGUGGUCGAAUUGUUCAUUCGUUAUUCACUGAUGGUAUAUUUGAAGAUCCAUCAGCUCAGAAACAAUUAGAAAAUUUAACAUCUGAAAUUGAAUCUCAUAUGGUCACAGGUCGUUUCGAUCUACAUCAUAAUGAUAUUACUGCCACUCCAAUUCCAACAUCGAGUAAUGAAGACCUAAUAUCGAAUGCUGCUACUGUCAGUAAACCAUUAGACGCUUUUUCUACAGUGUCAACAUCAGUAAACGAGUUGAUGACAACAGCAACCGCAACAACAGUAGCAAUGACGAUAACUUCAGAGACAGCUGGAUUUGUUGCUCCAACUAGUCUACCAACUGAUACAACAACAUCCAGAGUUGGACUAGGAGUUACUGCAAUGACAGAAAGUACAACUUUAAUUGGUAAUGAAUCUGAAGCGUUUGCCUUACCACCUAUUGAGGCAACAUAUACAACAACAGGCGUUGAACCAAAACGAGCAACAAAACGUAAACGUCGACUUAUCGUUGAUGAACAAAAGUCAAUUCCAAGUGAAGUUAUGAAAUCCCAAAUGGAGAAUACCGCUGAUAUUACAACCCAAUUAGAUUUGGCACCACCGACUAAAAAAUUAAUGCAUUGGAAAGAGACAGGUAGUGUGGAUAAAUUGUUUGUUCUACCUGGUCGUGCUAUUCCAUCACGAGUACUGCAACGCUUAUUUAUGCGUAAUUUAUAUACUCAGGCUGUCCCAGAUGAUGUUACUAGUACAGGGGAAUCUUUUCAAACAUCUAAUUUACUAUCUAGUCUAUCGUUUAAUUCAACUACUCAACAACAACAACCGCUUCCUGAUCAAUCGAAUAUGCUAACUAAUUCGGAGGCUUUACAACCAAACACUUCAUUCGAUCAAAGUAUUCAACAGCAACAGUCUACUGAUGUAUCCAUUUCUGAAUUUGGUGAAACAAUGAAAGAUACAAUGCAAUUACCUCAAAAAUUGGGUCCUAUAUCAGAAAUCCCAGAAGACGAAUCAGCUCCAUUUACUGCUUCACAUGGUGAACAAUCAAGGCCAACACCUGCAACAUCUCAUGGCGCCGAUAAUAAUCAAGAUGAUCUUGAUGAUGAACCACCUAUGCAUGAUGAUUUAGGAUUCAUGGUAGAACCAGAAACACCUUAUCUUGCACCUCCAAGUAUUUUAUCAGAAGCCCCACCAAGUGUAAUGCAAGUUGAUAUGUUGGCAUUAGAACGUGAAUUGGCCGCAGCUGAUAAUGAAGUUGACAAUGAAUUAGAAAAUGUAUUUAAAAAUGAUGCUAAAACAUGUGAUGGUUUAUUAUCAGGAAGUGGUUUUCCUGGAUCUGAAGCUCCCCUCUCAGCUGAUGGUUUACCAUUGGAAACAGCCGAGGAACGUCGUUUAGAGAAACGUUCUAAAGUGUUAUUACGUAUGUUACGUGUACAUCAACAACAAUAUGGUUGGGAUGAACCAUUAACAUUACAAGGUUUAUGUCAUGGUAAUACAAAGAAACAAGCUGCUUCAAAAUUCUAUACAGUUCUACUAUUACGUAAACAAGGAGCUGUGGAAUUAGCACAAGAAGUUGCCUACUCAGAUAUUUAUAUAUCCCGUGGACCAAACUUUUUCCGUUUGGUGGAAACAUAAGUUGUUGUGUGUUUUUUUGUUUGAGACUAACUUUCACAUUCUCUUGCAUCUCUGUUUUUCGCUGUCUUAUACAUACAUACAUAUAUUGCCUUACUCUAUUCAGACGAUCAAAGCUUCACAUUAUCUCCACUGUAUUGUGUUUUCAUUGACUAUACGUGUAUCUUCUUUGUGGAUCUAUGUAUAUGUAUCUCACUGUCAUUACUUGUAUCAUCAUUGCUUAUUUUUAAAUGCAUUUCAUAAAAGAGAAUAACUUUUUCUGUUUAUUUUUCGACUUAUCAUUACUCUCUAAUCAGUGUAUAAAUAUUUGAUUUUUUAUAUUAUUAUUAUUAAUAUUAUACACGUGUAUGUAAUUCACUUGUUAAGAUAGUGUAUAUGUGACAUUCUAUUUUUUGUAUUGCAAAUAUAAAGUUUUAAAAAACUACAAC